GUAAAAACCAAGGAAUGGAGUGAGAGUAGUGGGGUGAUCGACGAUCCUUACCUUAUCACACCUAUUUUCUCUCUCCCCAAUCCUUUCGUCAUCUUCCUUGCGCUAUAAAUCAAAGCAAAACACUAUUAUAGGAGCUCAAAAUCUCAAUUUGUCUCCAUUUUUAUUUGCAAUGCCACCACCAACAGCUACCCUCUCUGUUCCUUCAUCUUCUUCUCCAUCUCUCUUCCCCCUUUCUUCCUUCUCUUCCUCCAAUAAUCCCCAUGUCAGCAGCUUCUGCCCCGCCCCCACUCUCCCCAAAUUCCCUUCCCUCUCCAAGCCCAAAACCCCUCUUCGCAACCUCCCCCCUCUCUCCGCCGUUUCCAUCGAGAAAGAAACCCUCAUCUCCGAGCGCCCCCACACUUUUCUCCGUGAAGCCGACGGAGGAGAUGACGGUUCCGUCAGGUCUCGCUUCCAGCGCAUGAUAUUGGAGGCCCAGGAAAGCGUGUGCGCUGCCCUCGAGGCUGUUGACGGAGCUGGCAAGUUCAAGGAAGACGCUUGGACGAGGCCUGGUGGCGGUGGGGGUAUUAGUAGGGUGUUGCAAGACGGUGCUGUUUUUGAAAAGGCUGGUGUUAAUAUCUCCGUUGUUUAUGGUGUUAUGCCUCCUGAAGCUUAUCGAGCUGCCAAGGCUGCUGCCGAUGAUCAGAAGCCCGGUCCCGUUCCUUUUUUCGCAGCAGGAAUCAGCUCGGUUUUGCAUCCAAAGAACCCGUUUGCUCCUACAUUGCAUUUUAAUUAUAGAUAUUUCGAAACUGAUGCUCCUAAAGAUACUCCUGGAGCACCUAGGCAAUGGUGGUUUGGUGGUGGAACUGAUUUGACUCCAGCUUACAUCUUUGAGGAGGAUGUCAAGCACUUCCAUUCAAUACAAAAAAAGGCCUGUGACAAGUUUGAUCCAUCCUUUUAUCCUCGAUUCAAGAAAUGGUGCGAUGACUAUUUUUACAUUAAGCAUCGAGGUGAAAGACGAGGGCUCGGGGGAAUAUUUUUUGAUGAUCUAAAUGACUAUGAUCAAGAGAUGCUUCUUUCAUUUGCCACUGAAUGUGCGAAUUCUGUGGUUCCUGCAUACAUACCAAUCAUAGAGAAAAGGAAGGAUACACCAUUCAAUGAGAGCCAAAAAGCAUGGCAACAGCUGCGAAGGGGCCGCUAUGUAGAAUUCAACUUGGUCUAUGAUCGAGGUACUACAUUCGGACUGAAAACUGGAGGUCGAAUUGAAAGUAUUCUUGUUUCUCUCCCUUUAUCUGCACGAUGGGAAUAUGAUCAUAAACCAGAAGAGGGAAGUGAAGAGUGGAAACUGUUAGAUGCCUGCAUCAAUCCUAAGGAAUGGAUCUGAUACUUCUGGUUGAGUUUCUUUCAAUCCUUUCGAAAAUUCCCAUUGGUUCCUUUAUUUUUAAGAUGCUCUUCUUUUAGGGAGUGUCUUCUUGCAGUAGUAGUUGUAAGUUUUAGCUUCAUGGAUUUGUUGUAUUAAUGCAAAUCACGUGAAUGUAAUUGGAUGCCCUAUAAUACGCAUUGCUUAGAGUUAAGAGGUCUAACAGUUGCAAAUGGAUUGUGUAUCUGUUAACAUAUUUGUGUUCUAUUUUGGCCUGACAUCUUUGUGUUAUUAACGUGAGGAUCUUUUCAUAA